UGUUGAAACCCGUCAUGUAUAGAUCGGAGGCACCGAAAAAGUGCCGAUUUAAGAGGAAAUAUUUAGAGAACCAAGUUGCGCUCCAUGGGAAAUAUCCAGGCAGGAAAAGAUAGGUUGAACCAGAACUUUUUAUAUCACUUCGGAAGCCUGGCAAAAUUUGGCAAGGACUAUUCGCUGCAGUGCAUGCUGAAAAUGAAUAUCUGGUGCUACUUCUGGGAAAGAUUAACCGUUACAAGGUGGUGGAUUGCUCGGCAAAGACAGAAUGUAGGCUUCUGCAGGAUUCGGUCCGGGAGGAAUUUUUACGGUAUCGUCAGGCAAGUUACGACGACCGUUGCAUACUCGAAUCAGGUUGACCCAUCUCAAAUUCAGGAUGCCUGUGUCGACCAAAACCAGGCGAUUAAGACGACACGUUUAACACAUUUAUCAGUGGAAUUUGUCGAUGAUCUGGAUCGCAUCCGAAAAUUGGCCGAUUUCACUGAUCUGCAGAGUAUACGGAUUCUGUACACAUUUGGAGGCAACUCUGGGGCAUCUUUGGAUCGAUUGAUUGCGCAUUUCAGACCAUUAUGCGACAAUGAAACCAUCUACGAAAUCUGCCGACGCAACUGGACGACUUGGUAA